AGCCCAGGAUAGCAGCCACCUCUUUCCUCAGGCAGAGCACAUUCUACAACUCGGACAAUGCGGGACAAGACUCUGCAGUUCCUGAGUUUUACGUGAACCCUUAGAAGAGUUCGAGUUGCUGGGACUGACUCUGAAGCUGUACUCUCAGGUUCAACAGACAACACAACCUCAGGACUUCAGGAAUGACUUCAUACCCAAAUGUUUAUGAGAAUUACUUGCCUGAGAAUGUUCAACCACCUGCAAACAGUAACACACCAGGACCAUAUCCUCCGCCACCUUAUCCCAACGCAGGAGGAUACCAGAUCCCACCUUAUCCUUACCCAACACAGCCAUACCCCAAUGCAGGAGCGGGGACAUACCAACCCUAUUACAUCCCUUCUGCGGGCCCCAAGCAUCCUCCAACUCAAGUCAUCCAGAGUAAUGUCCCACACAGAAAACCCGAAAGCGUCUGUAAUCCAAAGAGGAAGACUUACUGUUGUAUCAUUUCUCUCUUCUUGAUUUUAUCUGUGCUGGGAAUUGGAGCUUGGAUCAUUUUUAAAUUUGUGAAGGACAUUCCAACUACCAACGUUAGCCAUUCCUGUUCAUCCAGAGUGACCAGGUGUGAUGGAGUCCGUGAGUGUACAGACAACAGCGAUGAAGUGGGCUGUGUGAGAUUCCAAGGGUCCAGCUCACAACUCGAGGUCUAUGCGUGGAAAUCCAAGCAAUGGUUACCUGUUUGUUACACAGCCUGGAACACAUCUUUGGCAAGCAAGACAUGUCAACAACUGGGGUUCAGGAGUUCUUUCCAGUCUGGGAAAACAAUCAAUGAUCAGUCUUCAAGCCUUGUGGUCAACUCAACAAAAUCAGGAACAAAAAUACAAAGCCUCUUGAGCAGCAGUGCCCAAUGUUCCACCAGAGAUACUGUUUCUCUCAAAUGCAUUGACUGUGGCAAGAAGAUCAAAACCUCCACAAGAAUUGUGGGUGGAGUCCCAGCUCAGUUGGGGGAGUGGCCUUGGCAAGUUAGUCUCCAUUACAAGUCAAGACACGUCUGUGGUGCAACGAUCAUCUCACAGGACUGGAUCAUCACCGCAACCCAUUGCUUCUUCGAAGAUGAUAGCUAUCGGCCGAUUAAUUGGAGAGUAUACAGUGGUUUCAUUUCCCAACGGGAACUAUACAGAGCAACUCUCCGUCGUGUGUCGAGGAUUGUUGUUCACAGCAGAUAUAGCUCAGACACCAAUGACAAUGACGUUGCUUUGAUGAAGCUCUCAAAUCCACUGCAGUUUACAGAUAAAAUUAGACCUGCCUGUUUGCCAACCUAUGAUCAACAAUUUCCAGACGGGAUGAGCUGUUGGAUUACAGGAUUUGGUCACACAGAGGAAGAUGCACGUUUGACCUCUGACAGACUUCUGGAAGCUUCAGUCAACAUAAUUGGCACGAGGACCUGCAACCAGAGAAACUUUUACAACAGAGCAAUAACAGACCGCAUGGUCUGUGCUGGUAGACUCUCUGGGGGAGUCGAUUCUUGCCAGGGUGACAGUGGUGGACCUCUUGUAUGUGAAGUAUCUGGUACCUGGUACCUGGCGGGAGUUACGAGUUGGGGGAUUGGCUGCGCUCGGAUAAACAAGCCAGGAGUUUAUGCCCGGGUGACACAAUUCACCGACUGGAUCUUCUCACAGAUGGAGGCCAACAGCAACUAAUGAAAAGGAUGGGCUUUGACCACACACUGGGUGUGAUUGAGGUUGGCGCCUCUGAUGUAUGCUGCUUUUCCAAGAGACUGUCACUGGGGAGAUUGGAUUUCCCCCAAAGCUCGUUAAAGUACUGUAUAUGUUUAAUGAAAAAGAGAGAUGGUAAUUGUAUAAAAUGUGUAUUUGCUUAGUCAAUAUAGAGAAAAAUGAUUCAUUAAUCAUUAGAUGAUACAGAUCUCGACUCGGUCUUAAGAUAAUCAAAACUUUCUUGACCAUGACUAUUAUCUUAAGUUAUGUUAUUUCAGGAACUUUCUCAGAUCCUCAUAGUUUCUGAGGGUUAAAAUCUGUGCUGUGUGUGUGCACUGGCUGCAUAUUAAGUUAAGAUUACAAUUUAAGAAUUGCUGCUUGGGGCUCAAUCCAGUGGCAGUAUGCACCCAAGAUUGCACCUGGUUUGCAAAAUAUACAUAUAUAUAUAUCUACAUAUAUAUUCUCAGGUUUUCAUCAAAUGUUGCCAAAUUUAAAAAAACACCCUGCUGUGAACAAACACAAUCUGGCAGGAAUUUUUAAAAAAAAGUUUGCUAUAAAAAUAUUCCUUGAUUUAUUUAAUAGUUGAAAUUUGGUGCAAUUUGGUUACUGAAAAUGUGUUGCUCACAAACCAAAGAAUUUUUAAUCAGGGUUUAUCCAUCAUCUGUGAAUAACCUGAUUUUUAAAUGAGCAAAUAUGACUGUUAACUUCAACAGGAACUACUUGCUUGACGCUUUGGGGUACAGUAGUCAGUUUCUUAGUUUUUUUUUAAAAAUGUAAAUAUUUUAUAAAGUUUCUAAAAUGUGCAAUUAGUAUUCUGCACUCAAAAGAACUGUUUAAUUGUUAUAGCCACCUUGAAAUCUCACAGUGAUGCACAAUUGACAGAAACUUGCCAUGGUGAUACCUUAGAUCCGGGGUGUGGCCAACGACAUGUAGGUGUUGUUUGAGCUGACGCAAAGAAAACUCACAAC